AUGGCCAACGAGCAAAAGCUGUUGGUAAUGACACUUCACAAAGCAAUUCUGGAUCGAAAACAUGGAAAGAGGCCACUUCCUUUGGAAGAAGCGGAAGAGAAAUUAGAAGAGGAGCAAGUAGCUUUCCCCAUUUACUCUACUCGUUCCCAGCAAGACAUGUCAGCCGUGGUCUCUGCCCUUGUUCAAGUCAUUGGUGGUGGUGGGACUGAUUCACUGCAUAAUCAACCUCCAAUAAUAACACCAUCGGAGGAGCUCACUAGUGAUUCAGCAAAAGAACAAUCCCAACCACGGCAAGAUCAAGGAAACAUUAUAAGAAGAAAGUAUAGAGGAGUUCGGCAGCGGCCAUGGGGGAGGUGGGCGGCGGAGAUUCGAGAUCCAAAGAAGGCAGCUCGGGUUUGGCUUGGAACUUUUGACACCGCUGAGGCUGCUGCACUUGCUUAUGAUAAAACUGCUCUUUCUUUCAAAGGAAGCAAAGCUAAGCUUAAUUUCCCAGAAAGAGUAGUUGAAGUUCAAUGCAUACAAGGACCAACACAAGGAGAAGAAGGAAAAGCAAAACUUGGUUACCUCACAAAUCGUCCACAACUGAUCCAUCAACCACAACCACGUGCUCCUAUUGCUCUUCCUUCUCAAUCUGAUCCAGUACUUCAUGGCAACAAUUUCUUAGUACCUCGUUUUUAUGGGAGUGAUCACGUGUUUGUUUCUUCUCGUCCUUCAUCGGGUGCUUCUUCGUCUUCACCGUCAUCUUCCGGAAACUCUCGUUCUCAACAAGAAAAAGAGCUUCUAACGUUUUCGAUGCAAUCUGGUGGUUCUUCUUCCACUUCUGAUCCUCCUAAGUGAUUUGGAUGCAUGCGGUAGACGUUGGAAACCAUAUAUUUACUUUUAUGCUCAUGUGUUGUUAAGGAAAUGUUUAUUUGAAGAAGAAGAAGAAGAUUAUUUAUAUAAAAAAUACAACUUUUAGUAAAAA